AUGGGCUUCCUCGCAAACCCCCCGGACCGCAACCUGGACCAAGCCGGUAUGGCCGCUGGCCACGGUCAAGCCGCACCUUCGACCAAGAACCAACUCGGCGAUGCGCGAAAGGUGUCCAACGAAGAGAGCGGUACCGAUCUCGACGAGUCCGAUGCGAUACUGUUGGCCAUGGGCUACAAGCCUGAAAUGGCACGCAACCGAUCAACCCUCCAAGUCGCCUUCAUGUCCUUCGUCCUCGCCUCAAUUCCUUACGGUCUCGCAACAACCUUCUACUACCCGCUUGUAGGUGGUGGCCCGGCGAAUAUCAUCUGGGGUUGGAUUAUGGUCUCUCUGAUCAUCAUCUGUGUCGCUGCCAGUCUAGGCGAGAUCACUUCAGUCUACCCGACAGCUGGUGGAGUCUACUACCAGACAUUCAUGUUGGCACCAGCCAAAUACAAGAGAGUCUUGUCGUGGAUUUGCGGAUGGGCAUAUGUCGUCGGAAACAUCACCAUCACUCUGGCCGUCAACUUCGGUUCUGCACUAUUCAUCAUCUCGUGCGUAAAUGUGUUCGAGUCUUCGCCUGGUGUCGGCAUCUGGGAGGCCAGUGCGUGGGAGACAUGGUUGGUCUUUGUUGCCAUCACUCUUUUCUGCAACCUCGUCUCUUCGUUUGGCAACAGAUGGCUGGCUCUGAUUGAUACUUUUGCCAUUUUCUGGACUCUUGCUGGCGUUGUUGCCAUCCUGAUCGUCACCCUUGUACUGGCCAAAGGCGGCCGUCACUCUGGUGAGUACGUCUUCACUCACUUCGAGCCUCAGUCAGGAUGGACUCCUGGAUGGUCUUUCUGUGUCGGACUUCUUCAGGCAGCUUACGCAACCUCGUCGACUGGCAUGAUCAUUUCUAUGUGUGAAGAGGUUCAAGAGCCUGCGACCCAGGUGCCUAAGGCUAUGGUUGCGACCAUCCUCAUCAACCUUGGCGCCGGCUUGAUGUUCUUACUUCCUCUUCUGUUCGUUAUUCCCGAUCUCUCCACACUUGCUGCGCUUGCGUCGGGACAGCCUGUCCCUACCAUUAUCGCUACUGCCGUCGGUUCGCCUGGUGGCGCCAUUGGUCUCCUUCUCCCUCUGAUGGUGCUUGGUCUUAUCUGCGGCAUUGGUUGCACCACUGCAGCAUCUCGUUGCGUCUGGGCCUUCUCUCGUGAUGGUGCCAUUCCUGGUAGCAAGUGGUGGAAGCAAGUCAACAACACCACUGCUCUAGAGGGCGUGCCUGUUUACGCCAUGUUGCUCAGCAUGAUUGUGCAAAUCCUGCUCGCCGUCAUCUACUUCGGAUCCGUUGCUGCAUACAACGCCUUCUCUGGUGUUGGUGUCAUCUGUCUGACUGUGUCAUACGCCAUUCCCAUCGCCACCAACCUUUUCACAGGUCGUAAGCAUGUCAAGGGUGCCCCCUUUGCUCUCGGAGCUCUUGGACUGUUCUGCAACGUUGUCGCUCUGGCUUGGAGUUGUCUUGCUGUGCCAUUGUUCUGCAUGCCGACCACUAUUCCUGUCACUGCAUCGCUCAUGAACUACGCAUCGGUAGUCUUCGUCGCUUUCAUUCUGAUUGCAGGUGCGUGGUACAUUACGUGGGGCAAGAAGAACUACCAAGGACCUCCGACGCAUGAGGAUACCGCCCUCGAGACUAGUCGCGGCAGUAUCGGCGAGGCGAAGAUGGCUCCAUGA